AUGGCAAUAGGUUGGCCCGUGCCUCAGCAAGACCACCUCAACAAAGACCCAGAGAAGAGCGACCUGGGUGACAAUCCCACUAAGAGUCUGGCAACAGCUUUGGCUUGUGCUUCGACCAGUUUGCAAAAAUGCUUGGUGGGGUUGAAGUAGGCUGAUUUCUGUCGAGAGAGACAUACACUUUGUGAAUGGUUCACAGAAUGUCUGAUUUAGUCACGGACUAUUCCACGCCAGCAACUUCAAGAGCGUCAACAAUGCAGAUAUACGGUAUAUACUUGCGUUGGUCGAACUGACCGCAAGUAGUGCACCACAUGUCACAAUAUGA